GAAGCGGCGACGCCAGAAGCAGGAAAACCUGAAGGCGAAGGCGGUCCACUCGGAACUGAGCAGCGUAUGGAAAAGGGUGUGACUGCUGAAGCUGGUGAACGUGAAGCUGAAGGCGCAACUGCGGAAGUUGGUAGAACAGAAGGUGAAGGUGGGCCGUUCGCAACUGAGGGGCCUGGAGGUGAAGCGGCAACGCCAGAAGCCGGCAAACCUCAAGAAGGUGCUCCAUUCGGAACUGAGCAGCGUAUGGAAGAGGGUAUGAUUGCUGAAGCUGGUGAACGUGAAGCUGAAGGUGCUACUCCAGAAACUCAAGGUGAAGGUGUUUCACCUGGAAUUGCCUGGAGAAAAACUGCUGAGAUGGAGGGUGAGAUGUUUACAGCCGAAGAAGGCGAACAAGAACGCGCACGCUCCGUGACUGAGGAAGCUGGGGCAGAAGCUGUGACCCCUGAAGGUGAGGGUGUUCCAUUCGUAACUGAGCAUCCUAUAGAAGAGGGCAUGAUUCCUGAAGCAGGAAAACCUGAAGCUGAAGGUACUCCGUUCGAAAUUGAGCAACGUAUAGAAGAGGGUGUGACCAAUGUAGCUGGUAAGGGUGAAAGUGAAGGUGCUUCGUCGGAAAUUUCCUGGAGGAGUACAGCAGGUAUCGAAGGUGAAUUCGAAGGUGUAACAUCCGGUAUUGAGAGAGGUGCAGAGGUUAUGACUUCUGGCUUCGAGAAAUCUGCAAACGAAAAUGGUGGUGCAGCUUUUGCAUCUCCGUUUUCAACGUCUGAAACCGGUGUUCCGGCUGUUGUCCCGGUUACGAUUUCACCGCCGCUGUUGGUCAUAGAUAAAUCCGACGAAAGAUAUGGUUCAACAUGUGAUGGUAUAAACGAGGCAGCAGUAUCCAUGGGUUGUUCGUCUGACUUUAUUAUUUGUACGAACGAGACGGGUAGUUUACAUCGAUGUCCUUUCGAAUUGAAAUUUGAUGCUGAAUCGCAGAUGUGUCUUCAUGGAUCUGAAGUUCAAUCGUGUAUCAAUGGUGAAGCAGAUUUCUCAGUUUAUGGAUCAGGAAUUGAUCAGAUGAAAUACACGACUACUGAAAAGGAUCGAAUUACCACCUCAAGAGAUCACAUACCAUUGAUGUCCACUCAACAAGAAAAAACGGCGGCAGAAAAGUUCUCAACGAUGGUUUCUGGAGCAUCUAAUGCGGCCGAUCGUGAACAUUUCCGAGAAACUACGCCCAAACCAGUCGCAUCUCUGGAAGCGAUGCAAGCCGAAUAUCAAUACUCAUCAACACCAGCAACCAUUGGUGAAAACGAUCUAAAGAAAAAUUUCUCAUGCGCUGGAUUAACAAAUGGUCCAAAACAACUGGGUUGUUCGCCUCACUUCGUCCUUUGUAUCGUGGGAACAGAGCACUGGUUGAAAUGUGAGGAAGAUUUGUCGGCAGUACCUGAAUGCCAUGAGGAAAUAUCAAUCGAGCAGCAUCCAUCAUCACAACCUGAAUCUGAAAUGAUGAUGACGACUGAAGAAGAAUCCAAACAACGGCAACGCACCACCGAACUGAUGCAAACUCCAACAAAAUAUUUAUCGAGCACUCUGCUGAGAUCACGACCUACUGAGGAAAAUAAUGGCUUAUUUACCACUCCAAAAGGUUCCUCACAACCAUCAGUUAGUAGUAAUGCAUUACCGACGGCUACAAAGCCACCUGAAGGAUCACCUUGCUUGAAACUUCCGGACGGUAUUUACGGAGUUGGAUGCUCGCGAUGGGUAUUAGUUUGCGUGAUUGGUGAAACUCGUUACGUGUCGUGUUCGAAGGACCGUGUCUAUGAUGAAGUCACAAAGAAAUGUUUAUUGCCAUGGUUCGUUCGAGCAUGUCGUAAUUGGCGAGCAUCAACAACAGCGGAGUCGCAUGAUCUGUGGAAUCAAGACACCGCUGAGCACCCCGAUACAGAGGUCGAUGUUCCUCUUCCCUGUAACGGUAAAGCGGACGGUUUCGACCAGCUUGAAGGCUCUGACGAACAAAACACAACUAUCGAUAUGCCACCUACAAGAUCGUUUAUUGAAAUAAUGGAACACUCAAUUUUCUUCCAGAACGAAUUAGGAGUAUGUCAAGACACUGGCGGCAGUGAGGGCGGAAAAUCAGUGGACACAUCACCGCUGCGGGAUAGCCCAUCAUCGUGCAUAGGUCGUGAGGACGGUUACUACGAUUUGGGUUGUUCGGCAAGAUACUUUUCAUGUUCAGGCGGUAGAACAACGAUGCUCCAGUGUGAACUUGGGCUGAAAUUCGAUGUGCAAUCUGAACAAUGCUUAGCCAAGGUUAACUGA